AUGCAAGUUUGUAAUAAGUUGCCCAUAGUAUUUAUCCAAGAAUGCUUAUAAUUGGUUUCAGUAAUAUUGAUAAAAUCUAUUUGCUUUAUUACUUUAUUAGCAAUAGUAUAAUUAGUUCAAAUUAUACAUUUCAUUAAAAAUACUAGUAACAUAUAAUAGUAUAAUAAUUCUAAUUUCAAAAUACGAAAUUCAAAUAUUAACAUUUAAUUAUACGCUAUACUUUGA